AUGCAGAGGUUCUCGAGGCUUGGCCGCGUCGGCCAGAGCUUCGCUUCGCGCAGGUCAUUGGCCACUGUCAGCGAUGCACCGCUCUCCCGCAAGGUCGAAAUGACCAACUGGGAGAAGGGCAACUACAUCAACUACCAGAAGAUGUCGGAGAACCUCAAGAUUGUUCGCGGACGCCUCAACCGCCCGCUUGCUCUCGCCGAGAAGAUUCUCUACUCUCAUUUGGACGACCCCCACAACCAGGACAUCGAGCGCGGCACCAGCUACCUGAAGCUCCGUCCUGACCGCGUUGCCUGCCAGGAUGCCACCGCUCAGAUGGCCAUUCUCCAGUUCAUGUCCGCUGGCAUGCCUUCGGUCGCAACCCCUUCCACCGUCCACUGCGACCACUUAAUUGAGGCCCAGGUUGGCAACGAGAAGGACUUGGCUCGCGCCAUCGACAUCAACAAGGAGGUCUACGACUUCCUGUCCACAUCUUGCGCUAAGUACAACAUUGGUUUCUGGAAGCCCGGCUCUGGUAUCAUCCACCAGAUCGUUCUCGAGAACUACGCUUUCCCCGGUGCGCUCCUCAUCGGUACCGACUCUCACACUCCCAACGCUGGUGGUCUCGGUAUGGCCGCCAUUGGUGUCGGUGGUGCUGACGCCGUCGACGUCAUGGCUGGUCUCCCCUGGGAGCUGAAGGCCCCCAAGGUCAUCGGUGUCAAGCUCACCGGUAAGCUCUCUGGCUGGACUUCUCCCAAGGACAUCAUCCUCAAGGUCGCUGGUAUCCUCACCGUCAAGGGUGGAACUGGUGCCAUUGUCGAGUACCACGGACCCGGUGUCGAGUCCCUGUCCUGCACUGGCAUGGCCACAAUUUGCAACAUGGGAGCUGAGAUCGGUGCCACCACCUCCGUCUUCCCCUUCAACGACCGCAUGUACGACUACCUGAAGGCCACCAAGCGUCAGCACAUUGGUGACUUCUCCCGUGAGUACGCUCACGAGCUCCGCGAGGACGAGGGUACCGAGUACGACCAGCUCAUCGAGAUCAACCUUGACGAGCUCGAGCCCCACAUCAACGGUCCCUUCACUCCCGAUCUGGCCACCCCCAUCAGCAAGUUCGCUGAGGCCGUCAAGGCCAACAACUGGCCCGAGGAGCUCAAGGUCGGUCUCAUCGGCUCCUGUACCAACUCUUCGUACGAGGACAUGACCCGUGCUGCCUCCAUUGCCGAGGACGCCAUGGCCCACGGCAUCAAGUCGAAGGCUCUGUUCACUGUUACGCCUGGAUCCGAGCAGAUUCGCGCCACCAUCGAGCGCGACGGCCAGCUCAAGACCUUCGAGGAAUUCGGCGGCAUGGUUCUCGCCAACGCCUGCGGACCCUGUAUCGGCAGCCAGUGGGACCGUCGCGAUGUACCCAAGGGAACUGACAACUCCAUCAUCUCCUCGUACAACCGCAACUUUACGGGACGCAAUGACGCAAACCCCAGGACGCAUUCUUUCGUAACAUCGCCCGAUCUCGUUGUCGCUAUGUCAAUCGCCGGCAAUCUGUCCUUCAAUCCUUUGACUGAUGAGCUUACGGGCGCCGAUGGCAAGAAGUUCAAGCUCAAGGAGCCCUCUGGUCAGGGUCUCCCUGCCAACGGCUACGACCCAGGCCAGGACACCUACCAAGCUCCUCCUGCUGACCGCGAGUCCGUCAACGUUGCCGUUUCCCCCACCUCCGACCGUCUCCAGAUCCUCUCUCCCUUCGAUGCCUGGAACGGCAAGGAUGCCGAGGAUCUCCCCAUCCUCAUCAAGUGCCAGGGCAAGACCACCACUGACCACAUCUCCAUGGCUGGUCCCUGGUUGAAGUACCGUGGACACUUGGACAACAUUUCCAACAACAUGUUGAUCGGUGCUAUCAACGAGGAGAACGGCGAGGCCAACAAGAUCAAGAACUCUCUCACCGGCGAGUACGGUGCCGUCCCCGAUGUUGCCCGUGACUACAAGAAGAACGGUGUCAAGUGGGUCGUUGUCGGUGACUGGAACUACGGCGAGGGUUCUUCCCGUGAGCACGCUGCCCUUGAGCCUAGGCACUUGGGUGGUCUUGCCAUCAUCACCCGCUCCUUUGCUCGUAUUCACGAGACCAACCUGAAGAAGCAGGGUAUGCUGCCCUUGACCUUCUCUGACCCCGCCGACUACGAGAAGAUCGGCCCCAACGACAAGGUUGACAUCAAGUGCACUGAGCUCGCCGUUGGCCAGCCCAUCACCAUGGUCGUCAAGCCCGCCAACGGCGACAAGGCGUUCGACAUCAAGCUCUCGCACACCUUCAACGAGGGCCAGAUGGAGUGGUUCAAGAACGGUUCCGCCCUCAACACCAUGGCUAAGGCCCGCAAGUAA